AUGGACGUCCGCUCUACAUCGGCAGCCGAAGAAGCCGCGCCGUGGGAUUCAGCCUUCAUUGCGGCCGACGAUCAAUCGUUCAGGCUAAACCCUACUGAAGACUUGCGUUCCUUCUCCGGGGGCGAGCACCUAUCGGACGAUCCCUUGAGGUGGUUCACACACGACGUGCAACAGUGCUACCUGCGAUGUACCUACAAGUGGAGUUUCCACCACAAGCCAAGGCUCUUGCAACAGAUUAGGGAUGGAACACUUGAUACGGCAAUGGCGUGGGCCAUCCUCACUCUGGCUUCCAGGUACUCUCCCACGCCGGGCUGCUUUGGCUCACCGCUCGAAGCCAGCAAUUUCUUUGCCCAGCGAGCAUCACGUGCUGUCCAGCUCCGUAUCACCUCCCCAAGCCUACCCCAGGUGCAGGCUCUUUUGCUGCUCACGGGCCACAAGUGGGGAGCAGGUGACGGGAAGAGUGCAUGGAUUUAUCUCGGCAUUGCUGUGCGCAUGGUGCAGAUGAUGGGGCUCUGCGCAGAAACCUCGAACGCGUCUGGUAGUGGUUCGUCGGUGUCAGAGGCAUUCAUCCUGGCCGAGGAACGUCGACGCACCGCCUGGACAUGCUUCCUCAUGGAGAGCCUUCUCAGCGGUGGCGGCAGUCGUGCACGUAUCCUCCGAUCCGAGGAUAUGACGAUUCAGCUUCCGUGUGAAGACGAGGCAUUCGUGUUUGGGACACCCGUGCGAUGCGAACUGUUCAACGACGCGUACAAGUAUUCCAGCGAGGAGCGGCCUGACACAAGGUCAAGCCCGUCUAUCCUUGCUCACACGGUAAGAGUUGCAGAUAUAUGGGGUCAUGUGGCGAAGUGGGCGUCGUGCGGCGACGACAACCCUGCCUCUCAAAGUCCAGGUAAAAGUGAUCGGGAGUCGAGGGCGCACAGCCUCGUCUCGUCGCUUGAGCACUGGAAAGCGACGUUGCCGGCCCGGCUACGGUACAGUCUCUUCUCUCUGCAAGCCCACAGCGUGCUCGAACAGGGCCAAGGCUUCUGCUACAUGCACUGCAUAUAUUUCAUGGCUCUGAUAUUCCUCCAUCGGCAUCAUCUGCCGCACCUGGGUUUGGCGAGAAGCCCAGCACCACCACAACCAAUACCGCCGCCUCGGAACAGUCCAGACCAGGAAGGGGCAGCUUUCCCCGACCGUGCGGACCGGUCGUCGCACACCCUCUACGACACGGCGUCCACCGUGUGCGACAUGUGCGACGAGAUCAACCGGGCCGGCGCGGACUUCCGGCGCGGCCUGGUGCCCUGGAUCGGCUUUACCGUCUACACCACCAUCGGGGUCAUGCUGUACUUCCAAUCAUUCCCGCUCGAGCCGAGCGUCGAGUUUCUCACCAGCACUAGACAGAAGCUGCACAGCGCAUACCUGCUCCUCAAGGAGAUGAAGAACGAAUGGCCCAUGGCCAGCCGCUGGCUCGAGAAUAUAUACUCGUUACAAAAAUACCACGCCACCAGGCUACAAAAAACCGGCCUGUCGGUGGAAGAGCUGCAGUGUUUCCGCAAUCUAAUGGUCGAUUACGGCGCCCUGCACGACACGGUGGUCUCGGACACGACCGGUGGCGCUCGUUUCGCGGGAAACGCAUCAGAAAAGGCGAUGGCGACGGCGAUAGCGUCAGGGUCAGAGUCAGACACCUGGUCCAGCGUCGAUGCGAGACCGCCGCACUAUCCACCGCUCCGACAACAGGAUACGCCGCACUCGGCCAGCGCCUCGUCGGGCGUCGAUGCGCUCACUGUCCCGGAUGACUUCGACGGUGCCGAUUACCUCGUCUCGGAGGAAGAGAUGGCCGGCAUCUUUCAGGAGUUCUGGACCAUGUUCCCUGGGGAGAUCAACUCGGAUCAUAUGGCUUUGGAAUAG